GGCUUGAGUGGUGACGUGACUUUCCGCUUUGGCUGGCCUUCCGCUUGGGCUGCUCUCAGGAGGGGCUCGGGGAACAUUUAGCGGGCCUCCCAGGUCCCUCGGCCCGUGCAAGUGCGAUGAGGUCGGUUAGCUACGUGCAACGCGUGGCCCUGGAAUUUAGCGGGAGCCUCUUCCCGCACGCGAUCUGCCUCGGAGACGUGGAUAACGAUACGUUAAAUGAAUUGGUGGUGGGGGACACCAGCGGGAAGCUGUUUGUGUAUAAGAAUGAUGACAGCCGGCCGUGGCUCACCUGUUCCUGCCAGGGCAUGCUGACUUGUGUUGGGGUUGGAGAUGUUUGUAAUAAAGGAAAGCCAUCCCUCCUAUGCCUCUGCCUCUCCCAGAACCUGGUGGUGGCGGUGAGUGCUGAGGGAUGGUUUCACCUGUGUGACCUGACGCCUACCAAGGCCCUGGAUGCUUCUGGGCACCACGAGACCCUAAUGGGAGAGGAGCAGCAUCCAGUCUUCAAGCAGCACAUCCCUGCCAACACCAAGGUCAUGCUGAUCAGCGACAUCGAUGGAGAUGGGUGUUGUGAGCUGGUGGUCGGUUACACGGACCGUGUGGUACGGGCUUUCCGCUGGGAAGAUCUGGGUGAAGGCACUGAACAUCCAACAGGGCAGCUGGUGUCACUCAAGAAGUGGACACUGGAGGGUCAGGUGGACAGUCUUUCAGUGACUCCAGGGCCCUUGGGUGUUCCUGAACUGAUGGUGUCUCAGCCAGGCUGUGCUUACGCCAUUCUCCUGUGUACCUGGAACAAGGACGCCGGGCCCCCUCCCACCUCUGAGGGGGCCCCGGAGGGCAGCAGGGAGGCCCCGGCUGCCCGAGAUGUCAUGUUGCACCAGACUUCCGGCCGCAUCCACAACAAGAAUGUCUCCACCCACCUCAUUGGCAACAUCAAACGAGGCCACAACUCUGAGAUGGGUGGCUCCGGCCUCUUUGCCCUCUGCACCCUGGAUGGGACGCUGAAGCUCAUGGAGGAAGCGGACAAGCUGCUGUGGUCGGUGCAGGUGGAUCAUCAGCUUUUUGCCCUAGAGAAACUGGAUGUCACGGGCAAUGGGCAUGAGGAGGUGGUCGCCUGUGCCUGGGAUGGACAGACAUAUAUCAUUGAUCACAACCGCACCGUUGUCCGCUUCCAAGUGGACGAGAAUAUCCGAGCCUUCUGUGCAGGCCUAUAUGCCUGCAAGGAGGGCCGCAACAGCCCCUGCCUCGUGUACGUCACAUUCAACCAGAAGAUCUACGUGUACUGGGAGGUGCAGCUUGAGCGGAUGGAGUCGACCAAUCUGCUGAAACUGCUGGAGGCUGAGCCAGAGUUCCAGAGCCUGCUGCAGGAGCUGGGCGUGGAUCCUGAUGACCUCCCAGCUGUCCGCGCCCUGCUUCACCAAACCCUCUACCAUCCAGACCAGCCCCCACAGUGUGCUCCUGCAAGCCUCCACGAUCCCACCUAGCUGGAUUUGCCCCCUUAGCUGAAGAAGGAGCCUCCUGAACCAACCCACCCCCCAAGAUCCCAGAGUUGAUGUUGUGAUGGAAGUCAGAGAAAAAAAGUCACAUCUUCAAAACUAGGAUGCUUGAACCAUCCCUCGCCUGAAACCACCUUCACUCCAUCUGGUCAAUUUACUAAGUUCUGCCAGCUUUGUCUCCUGUAUUUAUAGAGUCCAACCCUGCUUUGUACUACUGCCUUUAUUCAAGCCUCACCUCAGCUGUCCCGGAUCACUGGACCACCUCCCUAAGUUCCUAAGAACUGGCCUCCAGUA